CACUGGUGGGUGGCACUGGUGGGCACAGGUGGGUGGCACUGGUGGGCACAGGUGGGUGGCACUUCUGGGCACAGGUGUGUGACACUGCAGAGUGGCACAGGUGGGUGCACUGCUGGGCACAGGUGGGUGCACUGCUGGGCACAGGUGGGUGAUCUGCUGGGCACAGGUGGGCAGAACUUGCGGGUGGCACUGCUGGGCACCGAUCAUCAGGGCACUGAUCAUCAGUGCCCUGAUGAUCGGUGCCGAUCCUCGCUCUGACAACUGCCGGUUCUCGGCAGUACUUUCCUCACAAUCUGACAGCGUGAGGAAAGUGCAGCCGAGAACCGGCACUUGCAU